ACUGCCAAAACUUUUAUGUUGACAAUAUAAAAAAAAAAACAUCUGCAUAGAAAAAGAUAGCGAAUAGCGAAUAGUUUCUAUCCAAGAGGUUUUCUAAUGAUAUCGGACCUGCUGACUAGUUUGAAUAUUUUCAAUAAAAACCAUAGCUUCAAAUGCAAUUUAAAAAGUGGAUUAUCUUGAGUUCCUGAUAUCUCGCUGGAAUCUGCUUAUUCGGCUGUGGGUAGUUUCCAGCGAUAGGAGUGAACAAAUAAAAAUGACCCCAGAGUUUGAACCGCUUCCAAAAAUAGAAUUACCGGUAGUAACAUCGGUAGGGGCAAGCUUUGUCAUAUCGGUCAUCUAUGUCGCCAGUUUAUAUGUGUGGAAGUCCAAACAUGACCGAGAUCAUCCUGACACCAUCAAGAGACGAUUUUGUAGUGUGUUCAUAGUAAUGCUUAUAUCGCCAUUUUUUGUAUACUUUCUUACAUGCGAUGGCGUUUUUCGGAAAUACACACUAUGGGAAAUUAUGGGAUUUCGAUUAGAUGGCCUAUUGACGGCUGUUUGCUUACCAGUAAUAUUGACAUCAAUACUGUUCCUCGGUCCCUUGAGCGUUACACUCACCAAUGGUCUGUGGCGCAUUUACUCGGAACCUAUGUAUUGGGUGAAUGCAGUACAAAAUCUGCUGUGGCUUCGAAAUCAUUUGAUUGCCCCACUUUCUGAGGAGUUCACCUUUCGUGCCUGCAUGCUGCCAUUAUUGUUGCAAACUUUUCACCCACAUGUGGCCAUGCUUAUUACACCUUUGUUGUUUGGAUUAGCUCAUCUUCACCAUAUUAAAGAACGCUUGCGAGACGGGUCCAAACUUAAAAUUGUUCUAACUAUAUCGUUUUUCCAAUUCUUCUAUACAACCAUUUUUGGUAUAUACUCGGCCUACCUCUUUAUACGAACAGGUCAUUUCGCCGCACCAUUUGUAGCUCAUGCUUUUUGUAACCAUAUGGGCUUUCCAGACCUGCAGGAAGUCUUGCAACAAAAGGAUCGAAGAAGAGCAAUCUUCCUUGGUCUAUAUUUACUCGGGCUAGUGGGAUGGAUUCUACUAUUACCGACACUUACCACUCCGAGUUGGUACGCCAACAAUCUUUUUUGGGCUGGAGAAGUUUAAACUGAAGAAUCACCAUAAUCUGCCAUAUUUAGGACCAAUAAGAAAAGAAGCGAAGCGAGGUAAUCUAUCUAAUCACACUAAAUAAUCAAAGAUGUGAACAAAAUCUUGCGUGUUAAGAUGACUCACCAAACAGAAUGUAAUUUCUUUUACAAAAUUUCUAAUUUGGUUCAAAAAUGUGUUUUACCGCAGCUCUAGUUGAUGGGGUAAGCUACUGGAAAUAUGCCAAGAUUAAAAACGGUAUUCCUACUAAGUUGCCCUUAUUGAAACAAUAUCUGCAGUCUAGUCGUGCGUAUAAAUUAACAUCGUAAUUUGUCGAUUUACAGGAACAAAACACAAACCUCAGGCUUCGCACGAAAGUAAGAAACCAGAACUUUAGUAGUCAGACAAAGCAGGAAACUCCCUUUCUGUUAAAACCAUUCAUCGUGUUCGUUUGUUCAUUUUAAGUCGAUAGGCCAUAGGAAAAUUGAAAAUCGAUUGAAUGGUAGUUACUCAAUUGCGUGAACUAGGUAGCAUAGAGUUUAUAUUUAAUUGCACAAAUAAAUUUGUUUGUAAACUGUAUAAUAUGUAA